AGAACUCCGAAAGAUGAGGUCUGAAGCCGCAAAGAACUCCUCGAUCCCACCGUCGUGUCGAGAAGAUCUCCGAUGUUCAGGACAGGAACCGCAUCAAAAAUUGAAGCGUGGAGCAGCCGGCGCUAAACCGGAACGGGCAAUGCGGCGCCGCUCCGAUUUUUUAUCUGGACUUCCGCUUCUCCCCAACGUCACUCCUUCGAUAUCCCUUCUGCUCUCGUGUCUUGACUCCCUUCCGUCCACUUUGAGUUAGCCGCUCAACUGCUUCACAAUGUCUACUAUUGCUAUCGGUCUCGGUGUCGCUACUGCGGCCUUUUUGGGUCGUGCCGGUCUUGUUGCCUACCGUCGGUCCAAAGGAGGUGUGAAUGCUAUGGGAAAGGCAUUUUACAAGGGUGGUUUUGAGCCGCGUAUGACUCGUCGUGAAGCUGCCCUCAUUUUGGAACUUCCGGAACGUACCAUGACCAAGGACAAGAUCCGCAAGAAGCACCGUCAGCUCAUGCUUCUCAACCACCCCGAUCGUGGCGGCAGCCCCUACCUGGCAACCAAGAUCAACGAGGCCAAGGAGUUCCUCGACAAACAUACCUGAGACUCUUCCGACACAGAUCCUCCACUCACGACUGUUCGGGGCGUUUGUGGGGUGGAAGAGGAAACACGGACAUGCACAGGAUACUUCAAGUAUCUUUUAUUGUACAAGAACGUUUCUUCUUUGGGUGCAUAGCGAGGCGUUGGUCGGAUUUUUCGAAGAAGAAGAUAUCUCUUCGUGCUCUUUACGGGGAGCUUUGUAUUGUCACUAUAUCCUGAUGAGAGAUCGCCGCUCUUGAAUAUACAACUAUACGUUUGCCACAUGCUAUUCGCUCGGUUCGCUUUUAGCAGGGGUGAUCGAGAGCUGUGGAGCAGUCUGAAUAUGCAUGCUAAAUAAAGCUAUUCGGCUGCUCCGCCAUGUUUUGAUUAGUAUGGCAGCGCCGUAGCGAUUAC